AUGAGCGAUGAAUUAACAAAAUUGAAAAAAGAAAUUUUAUAGGACACAGAAUUGUAAGCUAAGAAAUAGAGAUUUGCUUUAUUUUCCUCUCCAGUUCCACUUGGUUUAGGUGAUGACAGUUAUGAUUUUAAAAAGAGACGUAUUUAAUAUAUAAAAAUAAUAUAGCUCCUAGAGGAGAGAAUGGUAAACCAAUUACUGAAGCUACAAAUGUAAAGAUUGGAGCUCCAAAAAGUGGAAGAAUUAAAAGCUCUUACUUUAGUUAGGCUUCUUUCAAUUCUAUAGGUGAUCCUUAUAUGGAUCCAUAAAGAAAAGAUUUACAAUAUGAAUUAGAGAAGACUAAGAAGAUUUUAUUUAAAGAUUAAUAAUUUAAGCCUGCAUCUGGUUAUAAAGAAUUACUUGGAGGACCUUGGCCACAUAUGAAAGAGUUUGAUAUGAAAAAGACAAGAAACUAUAAAACUGCUGAUGGAAGAGUAUGGUCAGCUCCAAGAAAUAUUACAACAAAUCCAGCCAAUAAAGAAUUAUUGAAAGGUUUUCCACAUAUGAAAGAUGAAUAUAAUAGAUUUCACUAACAUUAAUUGGUACUACAUUAAUACAUCUAUUAUAGAAAUUAUAAAUGGAAGCUAAAAGAAAAGAAAAAGAAGUUGCUUUCAAAACAACUAUAGCAGGAGGAGAGAAUUUUAAUAAAGAUAAAUUAGUAUUUGGAUUUGAUGGAAAAGCACCUCCUCCAAAUAAAGAAAAAAUUCAUGAUAUGCAUAUUAUGAAACAUGAAUCAAAUUUUAAACCAGCUAAUCCAGGAAAAAAAGGUUUUGAAGGAGAAUUUGAAUAAAUUACUUAUAAACCAGAUCCAAAGAAACCUAUUAAAAGAAGAGAAUGGCUUAAAGGAAAAGAAUAAUUUAAACCAAAUAAUUUAGGUACCUUAUCUAGACCAACUCCAUCAAUCACAUGCUUUAAAUAAAAUAUUAGAAGAGCUAUGAGUGCUAAAGGAUUCUGAAAAUACAAC